AUGAUAAUGGAAGAAGAUCACUGGAGAAGAUGGAAGAAAAACAAGGAUGGUAUAAAAAGGGGUGAUCAGAGUAGAAUAAAGGAUUCCCCUCUUCGGUGUUACACACAGCUGCCGACUGGCGAUCAGGCAGCAACUCAAGAAGCGGAGGAGGCCGUAGCUAUCAGCAAGGCAGCAAGUGAACAACUGGAGGCCGCACACGAAGCAGUGGAGGCCGUGUACUACGCAGUGGAAGCGUUCAAGAAAACUAGAAGACGUCAGUGA